GUAAAAUGGUUGACAUGGCAGAAGAAGUAACGUGUUUUUCUGGGAGCAACAAAAGUAGUAACUCUGAGGUCCAAUCACUGAGCUCCUUCCAGUCUGACUCCUGUGAUGAUAAUGCCUCCAUAGUGACCGUCAUUCGACUGGUCAAUGAUGCAGUCGACACAAUCGAAAGUGAAGUGUCAGUCAUGGACCAUGGUCAAACCUACAGCAGAGCAUAUCACUGGGACACAUCUGACUGGAUGCCGAGCACCAGGUUGUCAGAUAUUGAAGAGGUGCCAGGCUAUGAGGCAGGUCCUGCCAGUGAUGUAGCAGGCUCAGCUCCCCGCCUUGGAGGAAGCACCCGUGAACUGGAGUCAGACUACUACCUGGGAGGCUAUGACAUUGACAGCGACUACCCCCCUCCCCACGAAGAAGAGUUCUUGAGCCAAGACCAGCUGCCACCUCCGCUGCCCACAGUUGAGGACUAUGCUGAGCCCUACACGCCACUGCCCACCAACCCACCAGUCUCCAAAGAAAGCACCCUGAGCUCUGGCAGCACCGGGUGUCAGCAUGCCCGGCCACACUUCCACCCCAGCCAAUACUUGCCUCCCCACCAGCUGCCCGUUGGAGAGGCCCCCCACGGGGACUUCAGCACUUCAAUGAGUGGCAUAAGCCCAGGAAAUGGGGACACUGAUGACUCUGUGUCUCUAAAUAUGCGACUGUCUGUUGGUGCAUCAUCAGCCUCGGACAUGUCCGCGCCCUGCGGGCUGGAUGACUCUGAAAAUGGCAGCGACUUUGACAGUAUGGACGAGCUUCGUCGAGGGGUGACUAUCAUCACUGACUCACAGCAGCAGACUGAGGUGUGAUUGAUUGACCAGUACAAUACAGUAUGGGAUGUAUAAUUGAUGAGAAGGAGCCAAACAUCGAAACAGAUGAAAGGAGAUGCACAAUUGGAUGUUAUUACAGGAAGAAAUGCUUUGUCAGCAAUGCUAGAUACAGCAAUGCAUUGUUAUAGUUUACAACCAUAGACUUAGAACAGUAUGUCCAGAAAUGGGACUGUUGAGUUUUAGCAUGAUCGACAAACUCAGUGUGUUGUCCGUCCUCUCCGCUGUGCAGAUCCAUCAAAAGUAUCCUUCCUGUUCAUAAAGGGGUCAUUUGUAAUGUGAAAAGAAUAGAAUAGAGAAUGUGAAUGAGAGACUAAUCCAAAAGAGAUUGAAAUGUACAGAUGCAGUUGAGAGAAUUUGAAGAAGGAGAAGUGAAAGGAUUGUUUGGUUCCCUGCUCCUUCACAGAAGCCCAUUGGACCAAUUCUUUCUUAUAAUAAAAAAGGACAUAAAUCCCCAUUUUCCCAUUGUCCUCCUUGGAUUUGUAAACUUUGUAAUACUCCAAGCCUGUACAGACUUUGUAAAAUAGUAUGACCUUACUGGUGAAUAAGUAUUAAACAAUGUUCUGGCCACAUUUCAAAAAGCCAUUUAUUUGUUUUAAUGUGGAAUGUGCUUGCUCCUUUCCCAAAAAUAAAUCAAAUCGCCCAUCAAGCCAUCAUCUCGCUAGCCCAAAGUGUUCAAUGUGACCUUCAUGCUUCAUGCUUGUGUGCGCAAGCCAAGAAAAUGAUUAUCUUAUAUACAGAUAAGGCACAGUACUUUUUUUUUCACAGUAUAUUUCAUUUGUAACCCCCAAAAUGUCUUGAGGUGGUCAGCCAACUCUAUCAGAGCAAGAUCAAAUUUAAGUGGAAGUUUGAUAUAAAUAUGAAGAUUGUCAUCUUAUCUCGUUACCAAAUGUUAUCAGCUGCUGUUAACAAUAGUGGUUGACACAUACAUGUAUAUAGUGACCAUUACUAUUAAAUGAUUAAAUCAUUUUAUCUGCCACUACAGAGUUGAAAACUUUUGGCAAAAUAAUUGACAAGCGCUAGCUUUCCACGUUUGAUCUGGUUUACCGCCAUUUCUUUGAUCUGUUAAAUGCGACAUCAUUAUUUGGGAAAAAGCCAUGCUGAGCAGACACAUUUUAGCGGCACUGCAUCCCGGUGUUUUCUGUUACUCUGUAGCAUGUUCACCAUGUCUGCAGACAGAAGUCAAACCCUUAUCCAGGUCAUGAAUGGCUUAGUGAACAUCUAGCCAACAGGGCAGACUGCUUCAGAUAGUCACUGUAUUGUACUAUAAUCUCCUCUUCUCUUUGUAACAGAUGUAUGUUUAAAUCUCUGUACAGUGUACAUAGCUAGAUUUUGUAGAUAUGUAAUUGCAAUCCUGAACUUCCUUUGAGUUUUUCUGUUGGACUGUUUGACGUAAAUGUGGACACUAAGACUUAUGGAAUAUCAAUUAUCAUUCCUCCUCUGCCACUGACUGAUUGAAUGCCAUUUCUAUUAAUAUAGACACAUUUUACACUGUAUUAAAUCCAAACUUUACAUCCCAGAAUUUUCUUUUGUGAAAACAUUUUUAUGGUAAUGAGGGAAUCUUUUUGUACAUUUCUUUCAUCUGUUAAUGUUUUGAUGAAUUUCUAAUGUUCAAAGACAUUAAGCAGUGUCGUUAUGUCCCCUUUCUGCAGAAAGUGAGUGGGUUUUGUUUUACUGGGUUUUUUCCAAUUCAGUGCAGAAAAUAAAAAGGUUCUUAUGCACCA